GUCUGCUUGAGGGACAGGACAAUAGGACGACAAGGACGAAGCCGCACGCACAGCUCACUAUGUCUUCCUUGGCAAAGAUGGCACUGCCAGUGCUUAAGCCAGCGAUGCCUUAUCUGGCUCGACUGCCGACAUCCCUCCUAACCUUGGUCCCCAGCGCCGCUUUCCACUUUACCUCUCAUCCAUCGCCGAAUCCAUGGACCUACUUUCUCGAUCCCUUGACUCACCCACUACAUGCUCCUAUGCUCUUCACGGCGUUCAUGAUACCUCUAUUCUACUUUAUGGGUUUGAUAUCAGGCAAUGUCGGUUGGGUCGACCGAUCUUGGCCUUUUUACACUCCACUUUGUAGUUACAUGAUCCUUCUGUGGGCUUUUCUGAAUCCUUCCGCUGGGGUCUAUGCGCACAACCUUCCUAGAUUGGUGUUAAUGAUGACCCUUCAGCUCAUCUGGUCGACCAGACUCUUCGGUCAUGCUCUCAAGCGAGACUUCUACGAUCUGACAUCAGAGGAUUAUCGAUACACUCAGUUCAAGAAGCUGGUCCCCAACUGGCUCUUUCAGCUCGUGCACAUUUUUGUCAUUGCUCUUGCGCAACCUCUACUCCUGUUCGCUCUGGCACUCCCUUUCCAUGCUGUUCUCGUUCACCCACCCUCCGAGCUUCAAUCAGGAGCCAUGGCCUUGCCUUACUCUGCAAUUGAGCGUUACCUUCCCGCUCGCUUUCAGACUGCUCCAGGCUCAACACCGGUCCUCCACCUGGGAGAUGUUGCCCUGACGUUGGUUGCUCUGACGAUACUCUAUAUCGAAGCGAAAGCGGACCGCCAGAUGUAUGCAUAUCAAACGUCCAAACACUCUUCUAAUGGAGAGACGACAGUCUCGCAACCACGCCACAGCACCCGGAUUGGACCGAAACCGGCUCCCUUCCCCAAGUCCCAUCACCCUGGCUUCAUUACCUCCGGCCUAUUUGCUUGGACGCGCCACCCAAACUUUGCAGCUGAGCAAUUAUUUUGGGUCUCUCAAGCGCUAUUCGUGGUCGUCGCAGGGAACAGUAGUCAAGUCACACGGAGUGGAUGGCUGGUAGGGUCGAUCUUUGGACCUUGCUUCUGCCUGAGUCUCCUCUUCUGCGCGAGCACGUUCCUCACGGAAUGGAUCACAGAGCGCAAGUACCCCUUGUAUCAUUCUUAUCGUAGACUGGUAGGCCAAUUUCUGCCCCAAGAAACCUUCCUCUGCUGGCUCUGGUCCACGGUGACUGGGAGUAGUGCCGAGCAUCGCCGAGCAUUGAAACGAUAAUGCA